AUGGUCCCAAGGAAGAGGAGGUACCAUUCGCGCCGCCUGCAGAGGGACGUGAUGAGGAAGCGCUCGCUCAUCGGGGACGACGUGGGCCUCACCUUGACGCCCCCCUACAAGCACCGGCACGCAGGCCUGGUGAACGUCCCGGAGGAGCCCAUCGAGGAGGAAGAGGAGGAGGAAGAGGAGGAGGAGGACCAGGACAUGGACGACGACGGCAGGAUCGUGGUGGAGUACCGGGACGAGCUGCAGGCCUUCAAGCAGGCGCGGGAGCGCAGCGCGGCCCGGCGGCCCAGUGCCAGCGGCUCGGGCUCGGACUCGGACGAGAUGGACUACGACCUGGAGCUGAAGAUGAUCUCCACGCCGUCGCCCAAGAAGAGCCUCAAGAUGACCAUGUACGCCGACGAGGUGGAGUCGCAGCUGCGGAGCAUCCGGAACUCCAUGAGGGCGGACAGUGUGGCCACCAGCAACAUCAAGAACCGCAUCGGGAGCAAAGGGCCGUCCGACAAGGUCUCCGACGUGCGGCUCCUGCUUGAGGAGAAGCGGCAGAGCACGGCGCAGCGGCCGCCCGCGGGCAGCGUCAAGUCCGAUGUCCGUCAGAGGCUAGGAAAGAGGCCGCACUCCCCCGAAAUCAAGGCCCCAAGCGGCCCCUUCGCGCCCCGGAGAGAGCCGACGUCCGAUGUACACAGUAGGCUCGGCGUUCCCCGGCAAGACCUCAAAGGCCUCUACUCGGACACCCGCGAGAAGAAGUCAGGCAGCUUGUGGACCCGCCUGGGCUCGGCCGCCGCCAAGGCCAAAGAGAAGGGGGCCGAGAAGGCGGACGCGGCGGCGGUGGGGGCGGCCCCCGAGGAGGAGGACUCGGAGCUGCAGCGCGCCUGGGGCGCCCUCAUCAAGGAGAAGGAGCAGUCCCACCAGAAGAGGUGCCGCCUGGAGCGCCUGCCGUCCCUGCAGAUCGAGAUCAGUCGGCAGAGCACCUCCGACUCGGACACGGAGUCCUGAGGCCUGACGGACCCACAGGCGCAGGCCGCGCGGCCAGGAAGCGUCUGACCAGUUCAUCCAAAGAGCCGAGGAGCCGACCUCUCCCUCUCGCCGCGGCCUCGACGGUCGUCGCUCCCAGCACCUCCAGCCCACGUCCGGGGGAGCGGGGAGACUCCCCCCUCGAGCCCGCCCGGCCACGGUGAGACGUGGCGGCGUGGCGGGGAGAGCGUUCACGGACCCGACCCCGGGGGGGCUCCGGAGACCCCGAUGCCGCCGCUCGGGGCGUCCGUCCGUCGGUCCGUCUGCACCCGUCACCUGCCGGCUCUCGGGGAAGGCCGGCCCCCACGGCGCCGGGGGGGACUUUGGUGGGGGGGCCCGUGUUGACCAGCUUGUUCAGUCUAUUAUGUUUUAAAACUCUUCCCGAUUUCCGAGCUUCCUUUUUCUACGUGAACCUUCUUGCUGUUGGCGCGGGGAGAGCUCGCGCGCGUGCUGUCUUCACAUGUGCUGUUAAAUAGAUGUUGUGUCCAA